AUGGUGCUCUGGCAUCGCAACACUCACACCUUCGAUAAGGAUUUUCGUACAGUUUCGCUUGCUUUCUUUAACAGGUAUCCAAAUCCGUAUGCUGGCCAUGUUUUAUCAAUAGAUACCUUGUCGCAAGAAGUAGACUCCAACGGCUUGCUGAAAGUCAGAAGACUGAUAAAGAAAACGGGAAGACUUCCACAAUGGGUCAAACCUUUGCUUGGCCGUGUUUCUGAAUCCUGGAUCGUGGAGAUUUCGGAAGUCGAUCCACACAGCGGACAACUCAGAACAUACACUAGAAAUCUGGAUCACACCAAGAUCAUAAAAGUGGAAGAGUUCACGACUUACAUAUACGAUAAAGAACUAGGGAAAACCCACGUAUCGAGCAAUGUCAAAUUUUCCAGUGAUUUUAGGGUCGGCAUCAAGUCCAGAAUUGAGCAAUGGUCUCAAAACAAGUUCGCUGAAAACAUCAAACGAAGCCGAAUGGGCAUGACUUUUGUUAUGGAUAAACUCGAGGAACAGUAUAAAGUGGUCAAGGCCCAAUGA